AUGGAUUCGAAACCGUCUCCAAAGGCUGCUCGCAUGCGUCAGGCGUGGACAUUCAGCCUCGGUCGAGACCGCACAUCGAUUCAAACCCCUUCUGGUGUCACUUGCCGAUCCCCCAGUUGCCCGCCAUCCAACUCAACGUCCGCGUUGUCCUACGUCAACUCGCAAGCCGAUUCCACCGGCGCAAACAAUCCGACAUGUCACAAGUCCGCCACCGGCUCGGUGCCGGACAGCUCUUGCUACUUUGAUCUCCCCGACGAGCCAGGUGACUUCCGCCCGAAGUCGCCGUUGAUCGAUCGACAGCAUAUCGAUGAGGACAUCUUGGAUGAUGUCAAGUAUGCUUGCCGAAUGCUCGCCGAGAGUCUCGAUCGCGGCUUACCCAUGUGGGCCGCAGGGAAUGUCCAAUUCGAAGAGUAUGGCCAUUUCAACAAGCACAAUUUUUUCGUCCAGGACGGCUCUGGCGAAGAUGACGGUCUCUGUGAAGAGAUGGUGUUCUACGAAGAAGACGAUGGUCCCAAAGACCAUGGCCCCUACGAAGGGAACCGGGCACGUCAAGAGACGGGUGCCCAUACUGAUAGCCCUGGUGGCAGUGGUGAUCAUUUCCAGCAGAGGACGAGCGUGUCGCCCACGGUCAAUCGAGAAUAUCGGCACCAAGCGAGCAUCUCCUGGACCAAAAUGCACGACUCGGGCGUUGCUUUUCAGCCCAAUGCCGCUUCCGCAGCCCCCGCGCGCUUCUAUGGCCAGGCACUGGCCACGUCUCACUACGCAGACCGGAAUACCGAGGCAGAAGAGUACCGGCGAGGUCGUUCACGCGGUCGAGAUGGGAAUGACCAAAUGAUUAGCUCUGGACCGGCUGUCUCUGGUUCCCGGUCACGGUCAUGUUCGCGGACGCGGUCCCGAUCGAUCAGCCCCAACAUGUUUCCAUACAGCCCCCCACGCAUCGACACCCUCUGGCCACAUCGGAAUGAAGCUGCCGAGUCCCGUGACGAUCCUCACCCUGAAAAUUGGGCGGAGAAACAGGUCGAGGCUGGUGCUCUCGAUGCCGAGGGACUACCAUGGCUUCACCCGAAAGGUCUUCUCCCUCACCAGCCAUCUCUGGGGCCUGAAAAGACUCCCAGCAGAGCACUCAACGCCAGCACGACCGGCAUGGCUGCGUGUGCGCCCCAUCGGUUCUACAGUAUGCAGUCGCCCACUCUCAAAGAGAUAGCCAGUGAUGAUACCGGCCCUCGCUGGAGCAUUUCGAGUAGUCGAACACCGAGUGUGAGCGAUGAGACCUCGGUAGAGAGCGCGGUGAUCAGAGAUGAGAAGGAAGGCAUUCGUCAUAUUCAGCCGUUCUACCAAGUCGCACCACCGGCAAAGACUGUCGACGGGACAACAGCUUCCCUGAAAGUGCGACAUACGAAGCGGCGAAAGGCAUCUUCCUUUUGGAAAAAGCUGACAGGCCUGGGCCGUAAGAAAGAGAAUGGAACUCUGGAAAGCCCGCGCGCCGCGGUUACGGUUUAA